UGAAUAAUUUCUCCCGUGGAGGCCCGGGUAGCCUUCGCGGAAUAUUUCCGGUUCCCCCUGCCCUUCCUUGGUUAGGAAUUUGGAUAGAAGCGCUUUCCGUAGAGUUUUGAAACUAGUGGCGGCGCUUUCUCGAGGGCAAAAUGGCUCUUGUACAGGAUACCAAAAGCCAUAAUUUUUUGUGUCUAAAGGCAGCCUUUCUUGCCUUGGAGCCGGCUAACUGCUUCAUUUCAUUAGCAAGGCAAACUUGUGGAGGAUCCCUUACUGAAGAAGUUCAGAAUUUCAUUUUAGAGCUAUGUGUUGAAAAUUCCGUGCAUAGUGAUAUUUUAUUCAACUCUACAUAUGUAAAGAAUAUUCUAAAGAAAGUUAUAGUUACAGCUGAGUCAACCUGUGAAGUUGUGGUUGAAGGCUUGUAUGAAAGGUUUGCUAAAAUAUCUGCACUUCAGGAGUAUGUGAUGAGAGGGGAAGAAAACAAAAUCUUCAAGAAAAUCUCUUAUCUUUUCCCAUUUGGUACCAGUGAUCAAAGUUGUCUGACGAACUUGGUUGUUUCUCUUCAUUGUUCAUUGAACUUGCUUGAAGGUGAUACUGGAUGUGCUCUUUGGCCCUCAAGUCUUUUUUUGUCAGAGUUUAUACUUUCUUACCCAAAGUUGUUCUCAGAAAAGGUUUGCUUUGAGGUUGGUUCUGGUGUGGGUUUGGUUGGUGUUGCUCUUGCGCAUGUUGGAGCCUCCAAAGUCAUUCUAACAGACGGUGACAGGUCAAGUUUGGGAAACAUGCAGCACAAUUUAGAGCUAAAUCACUUAACCUCUGAUAAGGUUCACAUUCAAUAUUUGCCAUGGGAAUAUGCAACCGAGAUUGAGCUCUCAAAAUACAAACAUGACUGCGUGCUUGGAGCAGACAUAAUUUAUGAUCCAAAAUGUGUGCCGCAUCUAAUUCGAGUGCUUUGCAUGCUUUUGAAGAGCAAGAGAGAUUUCAUGUUUGCCGAAGAAACAGAAGCGUCAGUGGCUUAUAUAGCUACUGUUAUUCGAAACAAAGAGACAUUCAAUUAUUUCAUUGGAGCAGCUGAGGAAGCUCACCUCUCUAUUGUGGACAUCACUGAAAUUCAGCAACCGUUGAAUCUGCUUCCUUACAUGCUUUCCUAUGAUCGUGCAAGCGUUCGUUUAUGCAAAAUUUCAUACCUGUUCUGAUUAAAUUUGUUAAGUUAUCAUCACCAAAAUAAAGCUGUGACAUAUUAUUAGAAACGGAAUAUUGCUUCAAGAUAUCAAGAAAUUGUUAAACAACAAAAGCACUA